AUGCAUGCACACUUCAUACAUGAAUUAUACCAAACUAUUGGUAUCGCUGAUGGCGUUGGUGGUUGGGCUAAAAAGGGGAUUGACACUGAAAUAUACGCAAGAGAGCUUAUGAGAAAUUCACUUAUCGCUAUGGAUAAUGAACCGAUGAAAGGUAACCUUAAAAGGGUUCUUGAAGAAGCUUACAAAAACACAAAUUCAGAAGGAUCGUCUAUGUCUCGUAUUAUAACUCUUAACUCGGAGAAAAGUACUAUAAUUGAUGCUAAUGUUGGCGAUAGUGGAUUUUUCCUAAUCCGAAAGGAAAAAAUUAUAUACAAGUUGCCGAUACAACAACGAGGAUUUGGAUGUCCAUAUCAAUUGGGAAACUGCAAUGCCGAUAAUCCUAGCGUUGCUCAGGAGAUGGAACUAAACGUAGAGAAAGAUGAUAUUUUGAUGGUUGGAACGGACGGGAUGCUUAAUAAUAUAUAUGAAAGUGAGAUUGAGGAAAUUGUCCGAAGAGCGAUCCACGAGAAGUUGAAGGCAGAGGAGUUGGCUUGUCAAAUUGGAAACGUUGCAUUGUAUAACUCUUUUGAUAGAUUUGCAGAUACGCCAUAUGCAAGAGCAUCUAAGGGACGACAUAAAGGAGGAACAAUUGAUGAUAUUACUGUUAUAUAG